AUGAUCGUAGUUAUGAUGAUCACUAUGACCAUGGUCAUGAUGGUCGACAUGAUAAUGGUUAUAAUUGUCAACAUGACCAUGGUCAUGGUUGAUCAUGGUGGACAUGAUGGUCAAUAUGAUCACGGUCGUAAUGGUCACCAUGAUCAUGGCUAUGACGGUCACUAUAACCAUGGUUAUGAUGACCAUGGUUAUAAUGGUCACUAUGAUCAUGGUCAUGAUAGCCACCAUGAUCUAAGUAAUGAUGAUCACCAUGAUCAUGGUUAUGAUAGUCACUUUGAUCAAGGUUAUUAUGUUCAACACGAUAAUGAUUAUGAUGGUCAGCAUGAUUAUGGUCACCAAGACCAUGUUUAUGAUAGUCGUAAUGGUCACCAUGUUCAUGGUUGCGAUGGUCACUACAAUUAUGGUCAUGAUGAUCAUAAUGAUCAUGGUCAUCAUGGCCACCAUGAACAUCGUCAUAAUGGUCAUGAUGGACAUGAUCGACAAGACCAUGGUCAUGAUGGUCUUUAUAGUCACUAUGAUCAUGGUCAUCAUGGUCACCACAAUCAUAGUCAUGAUGGUCAUGAUGAUCAUAAUGAUCAUGGUCAUCGUGGUCAGUACGAUCAUGAUUAUGAUGGUCAUUAUGGUCACUAUGAUCAUGCUCAUGAUAGUCAUUAUUAUCACGGUCAUGAUGGUCACUAUGAUCAUGGUCAUGAUAGUUACCACAAUCAUGGUUAUGAUGGUCAUCAUGGUCACUAUGCUCAUGCUCAUGAUAGACAUUAUUAUCAUGGUCAUGAUGGUCACCAUAGUCAUGCUCAUAAUGAUCACCAUGAUCAUAUUCAUGAUCGUCGUGAUGGUGACCAUGAUCAUGGUCAUGAUGGUCAGCAUGAUCGUGGUUAUUAUGGUCUCCAUGAUCCUAGUCAUGAUGGUCACUAUGACCAUGGUCAUGAUGGUCACCAUGACUACGGUCAUGAUGAUGACCAUGGUCAUGGUCAUGAUAGUCACCAUGCUCAGGGUCUUGAUGGUCUCUAUGACCAUGUCAUGAUGGUCACAAUGAUUAUGGUCGUGAUAGUCACCAUGAUCAUGGAUCAUGGUCAUGAUGGACACCGUGAUCAUAGUCAUGAUGAUUACUAUGACCACAGUCAUAAUGGUCACCAUGAUUCCGAUUAUGAUGGUCUCUAUGAUUAUGGUCAUGAUAGUCACCAUAAUCAUGGCCAUAAUAGUUUCGAUGAUCAUGGUUGUGAUGGUCAUUAUGAUUAUGGUCGUGAUGGUCAUAGUAGUACACAUUAUUAUGAUCGUUAUGGUCGUGAUGGUAUCCAUUAUCAUUGA